AACUCCAUUUGAAAAAAAAAAAAUCCCGGCUUUCCUCCAUGUUAGAUGUGAAAUGGAAAAUGGGAAGGAUUUAGAAGAAAUCCCUGGUGUCUCCAGCCAAGUUGGAGAAAGGGAGGAAAGAGCGAAAGCUUCAGGCUGCUAUCUUUCAAGAUCGCAGUAAACACCCAGAUCUCUAGGAAAAUGAGGGUGUCUUGAUUCAAACGGACAGGGGAAAGACAAGCUAUUUUACUUUUCUUUCAAAGUGGACAUUCCCUUUCUUUACCAGCAUGGUAAAGUGAGAGGGCAAACAGCAGCAACCUGGAAAAUGUUAAGUCUGAGCCAAGAGUACCCAGCUAAGUGAGGGUAAACACAACCUGGGCGCUCACUCGGGUUUUUCUUCAUGCGCUCCUAGAAGAACUUGGGAGAAUCGGGAAUAGCCCCAGUUAAGAAUGAACUGCAAAGAGGAACGAGAGCAAAGUGGUUGCCCCAGCGAGGAGGAAGUGAAGAAACCACUAAAGUGUGUGGUGGUCGGAGAUGGUGCAGUGGGGAAAACCUGCUUACUGAUGAGUUACGCCAAUGACGCCUUCCCAGAGGAGUACGUGCCUACCGUGUUUGACCACUAUGCAGUUACUGUGACGGUGGGAGGCAAGCAGCACUUGCUUGGACUUUAUGACACAGCAGGACAGGAGGACUACAACCAACUGAGACCACUCUCCUACCCCAACACCGAUGUGUUUCUGAUCUGUUUUUCCGUUGUAAACCCAGCUUCUUAUCAUAAUGUCCAGGAAGAAUGGGUACCUGAACUGAAAGGCUGUAUGCCACAUGUCCCUUUCGUCCUCAUAGGAACACAGAUUGAUCUUCGUGAUGACCCCAAAACAUUGGCUCGGUUGUUCUACAUGAAAGAGAAACCCCUCACUUACGAGCACGGAGUGAAGCUUGCCAAGGCGAUUGGAGCACAGUGCUACUUGGAAUGCUCAGCCCUGACACAGAAAGGCCUUAAAACAGUCUUUGACGAAGCAAUACUCGCCAUUUUUCACCCCAAAAAGAAGAAGCAGCACUGUUCCAGGUGUUGCCACAGCUGCUGCACCAUUGCAUGAGGUUAUUUGAGAUACCAUUCCAAGAGCCAACAGGAAAGAAUGCCACUUCAUCUUGGGGCUCCCAUAUGCCCCUAGAGGGAGUACAUGACCAGAGCAAGAAUUUACUUCAAAGCAAGGUCUUCCUCCAGUCUGUGAGAUUUCACAUUACUCAGCCAAAUAUUCUUUUCUUCCUCAAGUCCCAUGCUCUAAAGAAAAAAUGCACUGAGCCAAUAUUACAGUCAGGACAGCUGUUGAUGAUGUUGAAAACAAAAUAAAAGGCAUCACACAUCUUUAUAUCUUCACCUCCAGUGAAUGUGAAGAUGUAGGGAAAUUCCUCCAGAUUCUGUAUCAGACCCUAGAGACAGAUUCAGUUACAGUUUGGCAGCUUUAAUAGAUGCCUUUAACAAUAUACACAAAUCCAAUACAAAUUUGUCAGUCAAAUUUUUUCCUUGAACUGCUAUCCUAUCCAUAUUUGUCUUACACAGAUUUGCAGUUUUUCAGGAAGCUUAUUCUGUCCUGAUUUAUCCCACUAAAUCAGCCUAUAUAGAGUCUGUUUCAUUAACAUUUUAUAGUCUCAAUGUUCACACCAAAGACUUCAGAAUCAACAUUUACCUCCAAUCUCACUUCUGAAUAUAAGAAGCCAAAGAAAACUUUGAGACUUUAUCAAAAUAUCUAGAUAGAGCCAUGCUUACCAAGGCUGACCAAAAGAGAAAGCCAUGGGAAUUUUUACAGACUUCAACCAGAAAAAAAAUCAUCCUUAUUUUUCCUGGAAGUCCUUAUACAUGAAUCAAGGUGUCAUGGGGUCUAUGGGUAGCCUGAUUAUCAGAGUGUUUACAGCCUAUUUGAUGAUGGAAUUUUAGAGCUAGGAGGAUUCCCAGAGAUCAUCUUCAUUUUACAGAAGAGGAAAAUGAUCUGAAAAGCUCAGAGCCUUGUCUGAAGUGAUUCAUGGAUCAGAGAGAUCUGCAUUUCUCACCCAAAUUGAAAGAAUGGGACAGUUCUAAGAAAUAUCUGGAUGUGGGCAGAAUGAGUCUUUUUGACUUCAUUCUCCCUUUCUGCCCACAGUGACGCCUCCUUUCCACUUGUCAAAACCUGCUCCCAAGAAAGAAUUUGAAAAUCUUCACCCUGAAGUGGAAAGGUCUGAUUUAAUGCAAUUAAAUUCAACAAACAUUUCUUAAGUACCUACAUAAAACCCUGUCAGAUAUUGUAUAUCCUUCCUGGGCUAUUAUACGGUAAUAGGCCGCAGAGCCAUAACUAGGACAGAGCAACCAUGACUUUGCUCUAAAUUGAGAUGGUGCAAAAAAUUUAACAAAUACACUCCUUAAGAAACAACUGAAUGUAGCAGCUAGUGCUCUAGAAUAAUUAUUUAAAAUAAAGAGUUACUAGAUAAAUAAUACCCAUCUGGGAACCCUUAUAGUGACUAGCUCCCCUUCCCACUCAAAGUGGUUUAUCUUAAAUAUUUCAUAUAAAUAUAUAUAUAUAUAUAUUCAUAUCAUGAAUUACAAAGAUAAUCUGAGGGCACAGUUUUAUGCUGCCUGCCCAAGCAUUAAAAUUACUACUUAUAUUUCUGUUAGGCAAAUACAUACUGAAGCUACAGGGUGAAAAAGCUCCCAUGGCAGAAUUUCAAACAUCCACUAGCAUGUAUAAGAGUUACUUGUUGGAUCAGCAAGAUGUUCUCAGCCAUCUGAAAUUAUGCCACAGGGUUAUCUAUCUGCUCUUCCCAUGUGGGAGUCGUUUCCCAAGACUGCUAAACAGAAAGCCUCAGAAAGUCUCUAAAGAUCAACCAUGUUUGACUGGAAGGAUUUUAUCACUUUCUACUAAUUGCUUAACUUGCAAUAGCUUGUCCUGGUUGUUGCACAGUGUAUCCUAUUCUAUGUCAGGAGCUUUCCUCAGUAUGGGUUACUUAGCAUGACAUACUGGUUCUUCCUUCUCCCUAUACUCAUCAUCAUGGAUAACUUUUUAGGAGAUGUCUCGGUACCAUAUUCAGGAAUUGUUUUUCACUCAAGUUACAGACUCAGAUAGAAAGCUUAUACCUAGGAGAAUGAAAAUUGACCAAUAAUACUGGGAAAUCAAAUUAAGUCUUAACCUUUUCUCUAAGACUCCUCCCUCGAACCAGUCUUUUUUUUUUCUUUUCACAAGAAAGCAAGUUACUGCUAUGCUUGUAAUUAGAAACAAUAAGAACUUAUUAAUUCAUUUUACAGAUACCCUGGAAAUGCCUAGGGAGUGUCUUUAUUUUAUUUAUUUUAUAUCUUACUUUCUCUUAAAAGUUCUGUUCCCAGGCAUAGAAUGGCAGUAUUUAUACUUCUGAACACUGCCAGGCCCAAAUGAUAUUAAAAGAAGAUCUGUCUAUGAGGCAACUACAGGAAGAGAGAGGCAGGCUUGGAAUAAAAUCAUAUGAGAAGCGCAGAAACAAACUGCAGGGGACAGGAUCAUUCAUUCCUUUGGAAUUUCCCUAGGAAGUUGGUCUAUCUUGAGCAUUACCCCCUGGAUAUGUAGGACAUACUUGAUACUGCCAUAUCCCUUCCAUGUCAUCCUUUCCCUCUUUCAUCCCUCCUUCCUUUCAUUUUUGUUUACUGUCCCUUCUUACCUGAUCCCUUCUCUAACAUAUUCUCAAACAUUUAUUAAACAAAAAUAGGAAAUCUGUAAGUGGCACACAGAUAGUGAGAGGAAAUCAAAUACUUUCAGUUUUUGCAACUAGAAAUCCUCAGGCUAUAAAAUAUGACUCCAUAGAGACCACCAAUUUCAUCUUGUUCAUGCAGUAAUAAUCAUUCAGCAAGGUUACAAAUGAGAUACCAUCGGCCAGUUUUGCUAUGAUAUUGCACACUCGCUUCUUGCUAAAUGGAGUCUAGUUAACAUUUGCUAGUGCGAUUCCAAAAGGGAGUGACAUUCAGUAGCUACACUGAAGAAAGUUUUCAGGAUUUAUACAUAGCCCUGCCAUGCUUCUCUCUGGGUUUGCACCCACCUGCUGGGCAAUAAGGAUUAACUUGCUUGUUGUGUAAAUGUUUCUUCAUUUACUCUUUUGAACCCUGGGAAUGAAAUUUAGGGCUCUAGGAUUUGGAGCUGAAAGGUACCUCAGAGUCACCUGGUUCAUAAGACCAAACUCUUCGUUUUACAGAGGAGGAAAAUGAGGCCAAGAUAAGGGAAGGCUCAAGCUGAUAGGGGUUGUAAGUAGAAGGGCCAGGAUUUAAACCAAGAUCUGCUCAUUCUAAAUCUUUUAAACCACACUGCCUCUUGUUAAAUCCAAAGAAGGAAUAAAAAGGUCUAUAUGACCUAAUCCCCCCACCUCAAAUCAAGUUGAAUUGAAAAUGCUUAUAUAAACUAAUCCCCCCACCUCAAAUCAAUCACUUGUUCCCUAAUUAAUGGCAGAAUUGGGUUCAUUGUGCUUUAUUGCACAUGUAUGCGUAAAGACCAUCUCUAAUUCAACUAUCUCAUUCUACAAAUAAGGAAACUGAGGCCUAGCAUGGUUAGGUGACUUUGCCAAGUUCACACAGCUAAUGAGUGGCAGAACUAGAUCCCCUGACUCCCAAACUAAUGGCAAAUAUUAGUAUAUAGCUCAAACACACUGGCUUACAAAAUUGACUGAAUGAAUGAAUAGAUGGAUGAAUAAGUAAUUUAAAAACUUCACUAGGUAUGGGUAUCAAAGUUUGACCAACCUGAGAAUGGUGGCUUUUGAAUGUAUUGGGGAAAAUCUAUUUGCAUGAACAUCCUUUCUUGUUAAAUUGGCUGACUGGACAAACCUUAUGAAAAAUGUAUAUCAAAGUGUGAAAUUUCCAGGGAGGGUAAUAAUUAGAUGUACCUGGGAAACACUAACAAGGUCCAGAAACGAAAUGAAAGUAUGAGCUAUGUCUAGUGGCAGUUCCAUCUUUAGCUGUUUGCCCAGUCUUAUUUGGGGGAAAUUUCUUUCAGAAAUCUGCCAAGGAGAUUCUUGCUCACUUGUGAAUAACUAGGACAUAAGUGUGCUCUAGCAUUCUAGUUUUAAAAUCUCACUGCAGCAAAUCACAAUGAAACUUGAAUGGAUAAUUCUAGUCUCUUCUUUUUUGUUCUCUCAAAGAAGCAGUUAUGUCAAAACUAGACCUUUUUUUUUCCUUUUAAUCAGGUUCUACUCUGGCAAGUCUGUACUGUAUGAUUUUGAUUUUGAUGGUGACUCAAGGCAGAGUUAAUGCUCAAGCUGGAGCCAUUUAGUUUUAUUUUUAGCCACAGUUUUCUCAACCGUUCUUGCAUGGGAGAUCAGUGCUGUGCUGAGCAGAGGUCAGAGAAGUAACUGCCUAGGAAAUUGCUUAUAUGGGACAUGUUAUUAACAUGUGGUGUUAUAACAUGUGGUGUUAUCAGAGAAAGAGUGGCUGAGCACCAGGUCUAAGGGUCAACGCCUUGUCAAACUGCCAUAUGCCUUGAGUCUCUCAGUCUCUAAAUGAUUCAUUUGAUAGGAAGAGAAUUCUCUCAGAGCAGGAACUAUUAGUUUACUGAAGCUUUGCAAAAAAAUAUAUAUAUAGAUGAUAGAUAGAUAGAUAGAUAGAUAGAUAGAUAGAUAGAUAGAUAGAUAGAUAGAUAGAUAGAUAGGUAAACUUACAGUUAAAGGACCCUUCGAGCCAUCUAGUCCAACACCUUCAAUUUACAGAUGAGGAAAUUGAGGCCCAGAUAUAUUAAAGGACUUGCUCAAAUUCACACAGGCAGAAAGAGACUGAGACAGGAUUUAAACUCAGGUCCUCUGAUUAUUUUCCGUUUUACUAGCCAACCAGUUCUCAUCAUCAAAGGUGGAUUUAACCAGCUAGAUUUUCCCUCCAAUGGAGAUUACUUACUUCAAGAUCUAUAGUUUAAUCAAUGUAGAUAUUCUCUCCAUCACUGAAAAUAUGUAAUGUUACUGGGCAUAUACUCAGAGCAUUUCCAGUCUGUACUUUGCUAACACAGCCUUUAAGGGCCCACGAUUACCUACAUCCCACAACAAGGGAUCAAAGGAGAUUAAUUGCCUGGGGAGAAAAACUAAAGAAUUUGGCAUUCUUUUGGUCAACCUAAGAAUGGUGGCUUUUGAAUGCAUUGGAACAAAUGCACACUAGGGCAAUUGAAUGCAUUGGCACAAUGUUUAUUCAUUCUGGGAUUAGAUAGUCAAGGAGUAGCUUGUUUUAUUACAACAAUAUUUCCUCCACAAGAUUACACCAGCGUGAGUGAAUUCAUACGCUUUCUAGGCCUUAGUUUUCUCAUAUGUAAGAUGAGGCUGUUAGACUAGAUGACCUCUAUGUUCCCUUACAGUUCUAAAUUUAUGAUCCCAUGACCUGCCUCCCUUCUGGAGUAUCAUGUGUUCUUUUUUCUCAGAAAGUCCUAAGUAUGAGCCAACCUAAAGAUUCCAUCCUUCUUUUCAUUGCCAAAUUAGUUAGUAAAAAGACAGUUACAUGACAUGGAAAUGUCACUGUAUAUACUCUAAGUGAGGCUCAGUCAAUGACAUCUUAAAAAUAUUCCCUAGGCUGAUACUCAAAUUAACUACAUAAGCCAGCCAAUUUAAAAGGCUGCUGCUCUCCUUUAUUUUAUUUGUCCCUUGGGGUUCUUCUAAGCUCACUUCCCAUCUAACAGUGGUAAGUGAAUGACCAAGCCCCUCAUGGACCAUUACACCAAAUAAGGGAAAAGUAGAAUCUGUUUUGACAGAAGGCAAGUCUGAAGAAACAUAGGUCAGAGAUGCCACUGAAUUUCUCUGAUGUUUAAAAGGAAAGAAAAAACAAAUACUUCCCAUCCAAAAUACAGUAAGUUCUUUUCACAGGGAUCUGAAAAAUAAUGAGUCUGCUGCCGGUCUUAUAGGGAACCUUGAUAAAACUCAGAUGUGGAAACCAAACAAAUCAAGGGUAAAAGAAGCUGAAUAAAAUUAUUCACCUCAUGGCUCAAGAGAGGCUACAUUCCAGGAUGACAAGAUAAUGACCUAGUCUUGAGCAUGACAUCUCCUGAACAAUGCAUUACAGGUAUUUUCUGCCUGAAGGAACUCCAAUUCUAGAGUUUCUUGACAGUUUAUUCAUUCAUUCAACAAAUAAUUUUUUUGAAGUAUGACUGGGUACUAGUCAGAUGCUCCAAUACAUGGCAUCUUGCCCUCUGAUUAAAACACUUUUGUCAGUAAGGAACAUACGGAGAGCAAAACAUAGUCACCUAUCUCAGGAGUAAUCUACAGUGGUCAUAAUUCUUUCCAUGUGCUCCAAAGAGCUCUAGAAAUUUUUCUUGAUCAUUAGUGGUCAGGAUCUUAGUAUCUCUACAUCUAAGCUAGAGCCUCAGCUACCCUGAUUCAUAUGGCAGGUCAUUCACUGGGGCCCCAUACAUUCUCUGAAGACCCUAUUACCUCUUACAAAGGUUUCCAUUAUAUUUACUCUCCAAGUAGUAACACUAGUCCAGACACCAUUUGGUUUUAAUGACUGUAACCCAGGGUAUUAUGGUGACAUGCAGCAUGAAUUCCUGUGCUCUCUAAGCUACAGGUCCAGAAAAAAAUUAAAACAGCUUCUUAGAGAAGCCCUAAGCAUUCUUCCAUAAGGUGGCUUUUUAUUUUCAAUCAAUAAACAUUAAGCACCUACUACUUUUACAACCUAAAGUUCAGAUCCUGCCUAUGGAAAGAUUGCAAACUUCUUUGAAAAUUUCCGGCAAGUCACAUUAGCAUAGUGUAAGGAGUGUUGAUCAUGGAAUCCAGAGGACCUGAAUUUUAAAUCCCACUUUGGACCCUGACUAGUUGUAUAGCCCUGGAUAAGUCAUUUAACCUCCUUGAGCCUCAGUAUCCUCAACAUGUAAAAAGGGAAUAAUAAUAGCACCUCCAGGGUUACUGUGAGAUUCAGAUAUGGGAAGCAUUUUGCGAACACCAAAGCACUAUAUAAAUAUCAAAUAUCAUUUUAAAAUCCAAAAUGAACCUUCACCCAAGGUUGAUUUUAAUGGGACAAAUUAAUCACAAUCAUAGGUACAUAGGUACUAGGAAACUAUCAUGAAUCUCAUAGCAGUUUCCUAAAUGUAAGUGUAUCUAUUUGUCUCCCAGCUUUCACCAUAUAUUCUCUCAGUGUACUUAACCCAACUACUUCUUUUCCUUAUGCACAAAAUGAAAAAUAUUUGUUUUCCUUUCAGGACAAAUGAACAAUGAGAAGGAAAAAAGAUUGAGGGGGACAGAUUUGGCGUGUGAUAUCACAGACCACCCUAUAUGACUACUCUACAGGCUUUAUUUCCAAGUCCCUUACUUGCCUUUCCAUUCAAAAUGACAUCACAGUUUGAGAUAUCUAGUGAGAUCCACCAGUCAAAUGAACAUUUUCCCACUGAAUUAUGCACAUCAAUGUCUGAUAACCAAAGUCUAAGCCCUGAAUUUGUCACAGUUAUUCUCACUUCCAUAAUUCCCAUCCAGCAAACAGGCCAGGGUCAUGUGAUAAAUUCACCCUUGUGGCAAGGGGUGUUUAACUUCAUAAGCCUCUGUCCUGGAGCUCUGAUUUAAAAUUGACUAUGCUGGAAUCUGCAUUGGGAUAUGUCCAAAAGCAAAUGAUCUAUUUGUUUAAAUGGGGAAACACCUUGUUGCUGGCUUCUUGAUUGGGCCUAAAAGUGAUCAAAAUUUCAUAUUUUAAAACAUUCCACAAAAUAUAGGUAUGCUUAUUCAUUUUUAGUGGAGUUGGGAAUUAGUACA